UUGAAGAGCCAGCCGGCCGGCCGGACACCAUGAAGCCAUCACUGGAGCACUGCUUCAAGCUGAUGCUGCUGCUGCUGGCGCUCGGCGGGGUGACCAUGCACGUGCCCGACGCCGACGUGCUCUCCUCCCUCGGGGCGCUGCGCCUCGACGGCCAUUUCAGCUUCCACGACACCUCCGCCAUGGCGCGGGACUUCGGCAACCGCUGCAGCUUGCUGCCGGCCGCCGUGCUCCACCCCGGCUCCGUGUCCGACAUCGCCACGACCUUGAGGCACGUCUUCUCCCUGGGCGAGCGCUCGCCCCUCACCGUCGCCGCGCGCGGCCACGGGCACUCGCUCAUGGGCCAGUCCCAGGCUGCCGGGGGCAUCGUCGUCAGGAUGGAGUCGCUCCGGGGCAGUGACAGGCUCCAGGUAGUCCAUGGCGGCAUGUCUCCGUUUGUGGACGCCCCAGGAGGGGAGCUCUGGAUCAACGUGCUCCACGAGACCCUCAAGCACGGCCUGGCGCCCAAGUCUUGGACCGACUAUCUCCAUCUCACGGUCGGUGGCACGUUGUCUAAUGCGGGGGUCAGCGGCCAGGCGUUCCGCCACGGACCGCAGGUCAGCAAUGUCAAUCAACUGGAGAUUGUGACAGGAAGAGGAGACGUUGUUACCUGCUCUCCCGAGGAGAACUCUGAUCUCUUCUACGCUGCUCUCGGCGGUCUCGGUCAGUUCGGGAUCAUCACCAGGGCAAGGAUUGCCCUUGAGCCUGCUCCAAAGAUGGUGAGGUGGAUCAGAGUUCUUUACUCGGAUUUUGCAAGCUUCACCGAGGACCAGGAGAUGCUGAUCAUGGCAGAGAACACCUUUGACUACAUUGAAGGUUUUGUCAUCAUAAACAGGACAGGCAUCCUCAACAACUGGAGGACGUCCUUCAAGCCACAGGACCCAGUCCAAGCAAGCCGUUUUCAGCCAGAUGGAAGGGUUCUAUACUGCCUCGAGCUAACUAAGAACUUCAACAGUGACGAAGCAGAUAUCAUGGAACAGGAAGUUACUGCACUGCUAUCUCGACUUAGGUACAUCCGGUCUACUCUAUUCCACACCGAUGUCACGUACCUGGAGUUCUUGGACAGGGUGCACACCUCCGAGGUGAAGCUGAGGGCACAAGGCCUCUGGGAAGUUCCACACCCUUGGUUGAAUCUUCUAAUCCCAAGGAGCUCAAUCCAAAGAUUUGCUAAGGAAGUCUUCGGCAAGAUCCUGAAAGAUAGCAACAAUGGUCCCAUACUGCUUUACCCAGUGAACAAAUCAAAGUGGGACAACAGAACGUCAGUAGUCAUACCAGAUGAGGAAAUUUUCUACCUGGUGGGGUUCCUUUCUUCAGCACCAUCUCUCUCAGGUCACGGUAGCGUUGCACAUGCAAUGAACCUGAACAACCAAAUAGUUGAGUUCUGUGAAGAGGCCGAUAUUGGGAUGAAACAGUAUCUGGCACCCUACACCACACAGCAGCAGUGGAAAGCCCACUUUGGAGCGAGGUGGGAGACAUUUGAACGGAGGAAACACACGUAUGAUCCCCUAGCCAUCCUAGCACCAGGACAGAAAAUAUUCCCAAAGGCGUCACUGCCGUUGUCCUUGUGACAGUUCCUGCUAUUUAAAGGCUUUUGUAGAGCAUAUGUUGUACAAAAGUGUAGGUAAAAGUCUCCCUGUAAAGACAAUAUCUACGGAAGGUAGCUAGCCUGAAGAACACAGCAUAGCGACUUCAGUGGCCGAAGAUACCUCGAAGCAGUACUUCAAAGUGGAGCAGCGUCACCUGAACUCUGACUGGUAAAUGCAACUUUGGAAGCAAUCAUUGGAGGAUUGUAGGGGUCCAA